GUGGAGCGGGUCCGAGGUGGGAGGCGCACAGACGGGCUCCGGGAGCCCCUCCCGAGGCCCCGCGCCGCGCGCCCCGCACCCUGCGCCCCGCGCCCUGCGGGAGGGCUGAGCCGGGACUCCAGGCAGGCAGGUGCGGAGCGAGAAGAGGGGAUCACGGCCAAGGAUAGGAGCCAGUCCUGCGGUGAGAAAGGCGCUGCUGCUCCAGCUGCUGCCUCCGCCGCCUCCACCACCGAGCCGGCGACCAGAGUCGGGCUGGCAGGCCGGGCGCGAAGCGGCGAGGGGAGCGAGGGGCGCGCUCAUGGAGCACACGCACGCCCACCUCGCAGCCAACAGCUCGCUGUCUUGGUGGUCCCCCGGCUCGGCCUGCGGCUUGGGCUUCGUGCCCGUGGUCUACUACAGCCUCUUGCUGUGCCUCGGUUUACCAGCAAAUAUCUUGACAGUGAUCAUCCUCUCCCAGCUGGUGGCAAGAAGGCAGAAAUCCUCCUACAACUAUCUCUUGGCACUCGCUGCUGCCGACAUCUUGGUCCUCUUUUUCAUAGUGUUUGUGGACUUCCUGUUGGAAGAUUUCAUCUUGAACAUGCAGAUGCCUCAGGUCCCCGACAAGAUCAUAGAAGUGCUGGAAUUCUCAUCCAUCCACACCUCCAUAUGGAUUACUGUUCCAUUAACCAUUGACAGGUAUAUCGCUGUCUGCCACCCACUCAAGUACCACACGGUCUCAUACCCAGCACGCACCCGGAAAGUCAUUGUAAGUGUUUACAUCACCUGCUUCCUGACCAGCAUCCCCUAUUACUGGUGGCCCAACAUCUGGACUGAAGACUACAUCAGCACCUCUGUGCAUCAUGUCCUCAUCUGGAUCCACUGCUUCACCGUCUACCUGGUGCCCUGCUCCAUCUUCUUCAUCUUGAACUCAAUCAUUGUGUACAAGCUCAGGAGGAAGAGCAAUUUUCGUCUCCGUGGCUACUCCACGGGGAAGACCACCGCCAUCUUAUUCACCAUUACCUCCAUCUUUGCCACACUUUGGGCCCCCCGCAUCAUCAUGAUUCUUUACCACCUCUAUGGGGCGCCCAUCCAGAACCGCUGGCUGGUGCACAUCAUGUCCGACAUUGCCAACAUGCUAGCCCUUCUGAACACAGCCAUCAACUUCUUCCUCUAUUGCUUCAUCAGCAAGCGGUUCCGCACCAUGGCAGCCGCCACGCUCAAGGCCUUCUUCAAGUGCCAGAAGCAACCUGUACAGUUCUACACCAAUCAUAACUUUUCCAUAACAAGUAGCCCCUGGAUCUCGCCGGCAAACUCACACUGCAUCAAGAUGCUGGUGUACCAGUAUGACAAAAAUGGAAAACCUAUAAAAGUAUCCCCGUGAUUCCCUAGGUGUGGCAACUACUGCCUUUGUCUAAUCCAUUUCCAGAUGGGAAGGUGUCCCAUCCUAUGGCUGAGCAGCUCUCCUUAAGAGUGCUAAUCCGAUUUCCUGUCUCCGGCAGACUGGGCAAUUCUCAGACUGGUAGAUGAGAAGAGAUGGAAGAGAAGAAAGGAGAGCAUGAAAUUUGUUUUUACUUAUGCAUUUAUUUCCACAGAGUCGCAUUGACAGCGAAAGUUCCUACCAGUUUGAAGAU